GACGCUUCCUCACUUUUGUCUGCGUUCGACCGUGUGGCAUCAGCUGAGAGUUGUUUUAGUUUCUUUAAGAGAGGCAAAAUAAACUUGCUUGUGAAGUAUAGUUUUCCCCUGACCGUUUCUUUACACCUUUCACGACUCCUGGAGUAUGCUUUUGUAUUGUCUUGUUUUGGAACGAUUUUCUAUGGAAGAUCAAGGCAACGUGAUUAUAGUUGAAAGUAAUUUCAACCAGCGGGAUACGUUCAGAGAAUCCUGAUUUUUGGCUUUUCCAUCUUGGGUAACUGGAGUGGAGACUUGAGUUCACCCAUCUUGUGUUCACAUCAUCCACACAUCCAAGCAUCGCAUUUAAAGCCCCUAUUGGCCUGACGCAGAAAAAUGGUUGGUUUUCGCCCUGCUGAGGUGCCUCCUACUGCUGCGGUGAAGUUUGUUGGCGCUGGAACAGCAGCUUGCAUAGCUGACCUGUUCACUUUCCCACUGGACACGGCCAAAGUUCGGCUCCAGAUCCAAGGAGAAGCCCAAGGCCACAGCCAUGCUGGGCAGGCCAAGGGGCUGCAGUACCGAGGCGUGUUUGGCACCAUCACCACCAUGGUGCGCACCGAGGGGGCCCGGAGCUUGUACAGCGGGCUGGUGGCUGGCCUCCAGAGACAGAUGAGCUUUGCCUCAGUCCGCAUUGGCCUCUACGACUCGGUCAAGCAGUUUUACACCAAGGGCUCAGAGCACGUUGGAAUAGGUAGCCGCCUUCUGGCAGGCUGCACAACUGGUGCCAUGGCCGUGGCUGUGGCGCAGCCGACUGAUGUGGUCAAGGUGCGCUUUCAGGCGCAGGUCAGCUGUAGAGGCACUGCCAAGCGAUACCACGGUACCAUAGACGCUUACAGGACCAUCGCCAGAGAGGAGGGCAUCCGAGGGCUGUGGAGAGGGAUGGGCCCAAACAUCACCCGCAACGCCAUAGUGAACUGCACCGAGCUGGUCACUUACGACCUCAUUAAGGAUGCCCUUCUCAGAUCAACCCCCAUGACUGAUGAUCUACCGUGCCACUUUACAUCGGCCUUCGGUGCAGGCUUUUGCACUACGGUGAUCGCCUCGCCAGUCGAUGUUGUGAAGACAAGAUAUAUGAACUCCUCUCACGGCCAGUACAGCGGUGCUGUGAACUGUGCUCUCUCCAUGCUGCUCAAAGAGGGGCCCAUGGCUUUCUACAAAGGGUUCAUGCCCUCUUUCCUGAGGCUGGGCUCGUGGAACGUGGUGAUGUUCGUGACAUACGAGCAGCUGAAGCGUGCCAUGAUGAUGGCCCGCAACAACCGGGCCUCUCCACUCUAGAUGGGAUUCUGUGCGCAUGUGCCUGAAGCUCCUCAUGCGUCACUCUUGCUUAUCUACCUCUCUUUGAUAUUAGUCUAGUUCCAAAAGCCCCCAACCCUUGUUUACAUCUAUGCUUGCAGUCAGUUUUUAAAGCUAGUUUCACUCAAGGUACCCCUGAAGAUGGAAAGCUGGUCCUUUUGUCCUCUUGUCUUACAAAGCUUAAAUGUUUUUAAUUCAAAUAAAAUACUGUUUUAUGUA